GCUAAAGAGAAGAGGUUGCUUUUUCUUUAUUGGACGAAACACAACUUUAUCUUUCAUUCCUUUGAAAUCUCCCGGAGAAAACCAAACAUAUUUUCCGUUUCCCGCUUUAAUCCAUUCCUGUUUUCCCCAGUUCGCGACACACAUAGAGAGUGUAGAUACGCUUUCACGAGCGUCUCCGACGUCGAACUUCCGCUCAUCAUCUCCACAUCUCUAACGCUAAAGUUGAUUCUUGUUAUAGGCGAGCUUAUAACCUUGAAAGCUCUUAUUGAGUUCGAGCAAGAUUAAGCAUGCCCGAAAUUCAAUUGGGUGUUCAUACAAUAAGAUCUCAUGGAGUCACAGUCGCGAGGUUCCAUAUGCAUGACUGGCUCAUUCUUCUGCUGCUUAUCGUCAUCGAUAUUGUUCUCAAUAUCAUCGAACCCUUUCAUCGUUUUGUUGGAGAAGAUAUGCUCACUGAUCUCAGAUACCCUCUGCAAGACAACACAAUUCCUUUCUGGGCUGUCCCGUUGAUAGCUGUUGUACUACCUUUUGCUGUCAUUUGUGUUUACUACUUCAUCAGAAAUGAUGUUUAUGACCUGCAUCAUGCAAUACUAGGUCUUUUGUUCUCUGUACUUAUAACCGGUGUCAUAACCGAUGCUAUAAAGGACGCUGUAGGUCGACCUCGUCCUGACUUCUUUUGGCGUUGUUUCCCUGAUGGUAUAGGGAUCUUUCACAACGUCACAAGGAAUGUUCUGUGUACUGGAGCUAAGGAUGUGGUCAAAGAGGGACACAAAAGCUUCCCCAGCGGGCACACAUCUUGGUCGUUUGCUGGUCUAGGGUUUCUAUCUUUGUACUUGUCUGGGAAAAUCAGGGUAUUUGACCAGAGAGGGCAUGUUGCAAAGCUCUGCAUUGUGAUCCUACCUCUACUGGUUGCAGCAUUGGUUGGUGUAUCCCGAGUAGAUGACUAUUGGCAUCACUGGCAAGAUGUGUUUGGAGGAGCUAUCAUAGGAUUGACUGUGGCCACGUUUUGUUACCUGCAAUUCUUCCCUCCUCCGUACGAUCCAGACGGUUGGGGACCUCAUGCGUACUUCCAGAUGCUCGCAGACUCAAGAAACGAUGUCCAAAAUUCAGCAGGAAUGAAUCAUCUAAGCGUGAGGCAAACAGAGCUAGAGAACGUGUACGUUGAUCGAGAAGAGACGUCUAUGGAAAUAUCAAGAAGCAACACGCGGGACACCACCCGUAAUGCUUGAGAACCGCUAAGUGAAGUCUUGUACAUACUCGUUUGUCAGUCUAUGUGUAUUUGGGUUAGGCAUUGAUAUGUAUGGGCUUCUAAUUACAAGGCCAAUAUUGGUUGGAAACCAUAAGCUAAAAACAGAGCCCAAAAAAGAGGAAAAUAGAAUCGCUGAAAGGAGGGCUUGAACCUUGUGGUUAACAGCCACACGCUCUAGCCAUCUGAGCUAUUCCAGCUUUUUGACUACCUUUUAAAGUAUUAAUUCUUAAAAGGAAGGGGAAAAGUUGGUGUAUGAAAGAACUUUUUUUUU